AUGACUGAUCAAAAUCCAACUAUUCAACGAACUAUUGAUCGAUUUGAUGAUAUUUUUCAUCGAUAUGGUGAUGAUAACGAUGAUGAAGACGAAAAUAUCAGAACACAGUUUGCUAAUUCAAUAUCGCUAUUUGAUUCAGAUGAUGAAAACAACCAUAAUGAUUAUAAUAUGUUUAUCGAUACAAUUGAUGAUAGUAUUGCUGUUAGUGAACAACAAGAACAUUUAUCACAAACAUUAAGUCUACUUUCUAUGUUUGCUGAAGAUCAAGAAGACAAUGAAAAACCUAUGGAAGAAAUUGAAUUGAUUCCAAAGUAUUUAACAAAAAAUUAUAAAGCUUUCGAUGAAAUGAUUAGUUCUCUAAUUCGAAAAUCAUCUACCUUGAUCAAUAUUGAAUCUUUAAGAGAUAUAGCUUUUCUUAUUCAUCAAAUAGAAUCUGUCAAAUUAGAUCGACUAUUAUGGACGAUUUAUUUACAAUCAGGUACUGGUGAAUUAAAAUUAAAAAGAACUAUGAGAACAGGAAAUUCAAAUUUAAAAAAAAUUUUCUUCUGUCCUGAAGAAGUAAAACAAAAAAUGUUUACACAUGGUCAUACAUCAGCUACUGAUCCCAAUGGCAAUCUAGACCAUGAUCCCUGUAUCGUGUUUGUCAAUCGAAUAUUAGAAAAUUUUCAAAAUCAACUUCUAGAUUAUCAAUCUAAAUUAGAACAAAUGAAACAAGAAAAAUUCAAGUAUAUUUUAACCAAUGAAAUUGAACAAGGAAUUGAAAAAUUUAUUCAACAAUAUGGUAUGUCAAUCUAUAAAAUACCCAUUGAAAGUUUAAUAUCAAUUGUUGAAUAUGAUUAUAAAGAUCGAUUGAUUGAAUUCGAAUUUGAAAAUGAAAAUCCAAAUGAAUUUCAAAAAGAAAUCUUUAACAAUAUAUUUAAAGUUAAAUCUCAGAAAGAAAUUUCUAAAUUUGAAGCUGCCAUUUUAAAACAACGUCUUGCUCAUAAUCAUCUACCAAAAGCUUUUCAAUCACUUGAUAUACCUUCUCCGUUAUCAUUAAAGACAAUUCAAGAUGACAAUAUUCGUCAACAUCUACAAGAUCGUGCUGAAAAAGUAUUACAACGAACAAAAUGUCAUAUGAUAUUAGUUUAUUUAGCAGUAGCUGAAACAAAAAUGAAUGAAUAUAGAAUCAAUUAUGAUAAACUAAUGUCUGAAUUGCAAUUGAAUCAAAAAUCGGGUUCAAUACAUCAAAAAUUAAAUGAAAAAAUGUUCAAUUUGAUGGAAGAACGUUUUAAAAAUAUUAAUGAACAUCUUAUACGGCUUUAUCGAUUAAAAAUAUGUUUUUUUCGACAAUGCUCCAACGGUCAAGAAUUAGAUUUGGUUCACCGUUGGAGCAUCAUUACUGAAAACAAAUCAAACUUAACUUGUUCACCUAGUCUUAUUCAACACACCAAUCGAUAUCAUUUAACCGAUGAACAACGAAACUUUCUUAAUCGUGGUCCAACUUAUGUACCACCUUGUCAAAUACAUAUUCUUUCAAAAUCAUCUUUAACAACACUUGCCGAAAUUCUUACUAAAAAAAUGGCACCUCUACGACGAGAUCUAACUGCACUUUUUACUAAAUAUCCUGUCGAUUUAUCGAGACGAAUAAAUUUUGAAAAAGAAAUUCAACAAUUAUUUCAUGAAUCGUUUCUUCAACCUAUACCUCGUGCUCUUGAAGAACGUGCUCUAUAUGAACAACAACUAUUGAAAUCAAUUAAAUAUCAAUUAGAAAAAAAUCAUCUUAUUCUUCGACGAACAGCUAAUCAUCAAAAUAUGUAUUAUCUUGGUCAAAUUGAUGAAUUUCAACAGAAAACAAUGGAUUAUAUGCAACAUUCAACGGCUACUUAUGAAUUCAUUGGAACUAUCGAUGAUUUCAAUAGUGAACAAUUUUAUUUGGAAAAAAUUCUUCAAUCUAUUGAUUCUGAUUUAAAAAGUCUUCUUCAACGAAAACUCAUCAGUAAAGAUCUUCAAAUCAAAUUUAUAAUUAAACAAUCUACUAAGAUUCAACUUCCAAAUCUCGAUUUUUUACCUGAUCUCAAUCAGAAUGAUUCAAUCAUAGUUCAACCAAGAUUAUCUUCUUUUCAGUGGAGUCCCAUCGCUCUCAUAGCUAAUUAUCUUGAACAACUUGUUAAACCAUACUUUGAAAAUUGCUCACAAUCAACAAUAUUUCUUGAUGAAAAUGAUUUUAUAAAAAAACUAGAUUAUUAUUGUAUACAACAAGGUCUUCUUCAACGGACAACAUAUUUUGUUACGUUUAAAAUUCUUAAUCUAUCAACGGAUUUAAAACAUUCAACACUUCUUCGAACAUUAAAUCAAUUUCUUAUCAAUCGUAGUAUGACAGGUCGAUAUGGUAAAUUAUCAAGUGAAACAAUUGAAGAAUUAACAGCAUUAAUUUUAAGAAAUCUUUUUUUCAUUUAUAAAAACAAAAUUUAUCGUUAUAUCAAAGGAUAUCCAUUGAAUUUAUCAUACCUGGAAUUAUUAAUGAAUAUUUAUCUCUAUGAUUGGCAAUUAACUCUUGUUCGAGAAUUUCGUCUACGUGAUCUCUUCUAUGGUCGUUGUCAACAGAGCGGUUUUUUUACAUGGCGUGAAUCACUUGAUCUUCUACCGGUUCUAUUUGAAAAAGUUCAAAAAUCAUUCGAUUCAAAUAUUAAACUAAUCACAUGUACGGGUAGUAACGUUCAAUUUCUUGAAAUUUCCAUAGAAAAUCGACAAGGUUCACUCUAUACUCGAAUUUCACAUGAUCAACAUAGUCGUCAACAACCAUUUCUAUUACCAUAUACAAAAGAUCAUCCACGAUUAUUUCAUCGACAAUGGUUUCAAUGGAGUCUUAUUCGUGCUGGUCUCCUGUGUAGUUCAUUUGAAGAUUUUGAAGAAGAACGACGUUAUAUUGAAGCAACAUUUCUUGUCAAUGGAUAUUCAUUAGAUUUUGUUGAAUAUCAUCUACGAGAAUUUUAUGCCAAAUUCUAUCCUAUUCAACAGCAACAACAACAAAAACAAAUUAUUUUAACGAAAUUAACAUUUCCUAGACUUCGUCGUGAAUUAUUUCGUUUUAUUGAACAAGGAAAAAUUCAAUUAGCUAAUAAAUUGCAAUUAAAACGAACACAUAAAUUAAUUCAUCUACAUUAUUUAUUCGAUUGGGGUUCUCGAUGUCAAUUCAGUAGAAAAUUUUAUGAACUAUGGUCAUCCAUGAUAGAACAAGAUCCACAAUUUAAAAAAUAUGCAAUAAAAAUUCAACUUCAAACAAAACAUUGUUAUUCAUCCAAUACUUUUCUUGCUCAAUCCAUUUAG